UUCAUCACUAAGGUUGGUAGGUCGCAUGCGGGGAAGCGAGAGCUAACCCGUCCCUUGCUUUCACCUGAUCCCAUUGUUUCAUUUAUCCCCAAGUCUCCACCUUCUCCGUCCAUCUAGGAUAAAUUAGGGUAGCCCUGACAAAGAUAAGCAUAGUCGCUCGUUUUUCAGUCCUUUCUCACAAGAACCAAUGGCUGAACACACGGUUUACACCCUCUCAGAGGUUGCUCAACACAAAUCAAAGAAAGAUUGCUGGCUUGUCAUCGAUGGCAGGGUACUGAACCUGACAAAGUUCCUGGAAGAACAUCCAGGAGGAGAAGGGGUGCUGUUGGAGUCAGCAGGGAAAGAUGCGACAAAGGAAUUCAAGGAUAUCGGACACAGCAAGGCGGCUCAGAACUUGCUCCUCAAGUACCAGGUCGGAGUUCUUCAGGGUUACACUUUGAAGAAGGAUGCGGAUAUCCAGGUUGCUUCAACUGAUGAACCGAAAAAUAUGAAAGAGAUGAGUGCUUUUGUGAUCAAGGAUGACAGCAUGCCUAAAUAUGCAGGCCUUGUCGAGUUCUUUGUGCCGCUCUUGGUUGCUGGUUCCUACUUAAGUUACCGAUACCUGACGACAGGCUCAUCGAUGGUCUGAUUGAUUUGGUAUCAACAGAAAAAUCAACAUGAACCACCAAGCCAAAAUCAAGAUGUCUUUCUCCCUAGACAUAAAUAUCGGUCUAGAAUGUUACUAGUAUUAGAUUUUUACCAAGUCUUGGCAUGUUUAUUCCUUCUUUUUAUCUUCAGUUGUUGUCCUGGUGAGAGUUGCUGUUGAGGAUUGAGAAAAAGGAAACUUAGCAUAUUUAAUUACCUUGAUAAUUGGUAAAUGCUAUAGCAAUAAAAUGCAUUUUAUACGCCAAAA